AUGGACCGCGUCGUCAUGGUCUGGGUCAAAACUUCGUAUGUGUCUUUGUUACUCCUGUUGCCUUUUAGUGUUGAAUACUAUGUGGAAAUGUACAUGUAUUAUGAUAGAGUUGCGCUCACCAAUCAGGUUACGGAAUGUGCUCAUCCUGUUGUCCGUUUGGGGAUAAGGCUCCACUUCUAUCAGGCAGUCAGAUAGCGACUAGUAGUAGGCGUAGAUAAGGUGGUAGCGACAAAGACAUGGGAAACUGGAACGACUAUGUUCAGCUUGUUAGCCGUCAUCAGUCAGUCGUACCCAAUCUCAGGUGCGGGUCGCCUGGGAUUCGAACCCGGGGCCUUUAUUUCCCUAUUUAAACGCCCUAUCACUGAGCCACGGGCCUGUUGUCCCGUCAGUUGUAGUCGAGAAUAUGAAUUAUGGUAGAGGGGUGCUCACCAUUUAGUUUGAGGGACGUACUCGCUCCGUUGUACCAUCUUACAUGCCUGCGUGUUUAGCUUCGUUAGAAGGCUUUGCCGAAUGUCGAAAUUCGCAUUAAUUGCACUGCUCCACACAGACUCAUCAUCGUUGUCCGCCAAAAGGGGAAUAAAAGGGGUUACGCUGGUCUAUUUUUUUCUGCUUAGCCGGUGCUACAUUUAAACACAAUUCUGAUCGGUUUUUUAACAAGUCCUUCUGUACAGUCCACACCACACGAACGGCCCCCCAUGGUGUUCGUGAAACCGUGCGUGUUUAAGUGCAGAAGAGGAUAUGAACCAACAAAUAACACAUGGAUAUGCAGAGUAGCAUUGCCGACAAGGACAGUGGAGGCGGGAAUGUCGAUUUCCACCUUAUUAACCGUCAUCAGCCAGCCACACUUAAUCACUGGUUUUCGCAACCUCUGAGACCCGAACCCGCGGCCUAUUGACGCAACGGGACGAAUGUGUCCUGUAAUGCAAUCGGUGAGUGUCCCUCUACCGUUGUUUUUAAGCCUGAUCGCAACCGACAUGGCUCAAGGGUUAAGACAUUGCGCUUUCAACCAGCAGAUUAUGGGUUCGAACCUCAGGGAUUGGACAGGCUUGCAAUUGGUUAUGGCUGACUGAUGGCAACAUAUAGGCCAGAAAUGGCUAUUUCAGUCCCUCUUAUCCUUGUCGGUAACGUUAUUAUGCGUCUAAUGCUAGCUGCUGAGCGGUUGCCGGUGAGGUUCAAGGUUUAACCCCAAGGCACAGCGGGCGAGCGUGUUCUGUAACGCGGUCGGCGAGCUCCCCUCCGCCAUAUGAUUAUGCAGCUUUAUGGGGACAUAUCUUCAUAGGCCGUAGUUAGGAAACCUAGCGAUCAGGUUGAAACCCCAGUUCUGUUUUGAAAUAUACAGAUGUUGGCAAACUUGCGAAAUUAGUUUUUAUUUUCUAAGGAUGACGUGGUUGUAAAAUGGGUAUCUUUGACGAGUUUUGUACGUCCCUCCUAUGAAAUGUGAUGGCCUUUAUACAGGUAUUUCAAAUCGAUUUUAAAAUGGACGUCACUGAUAUGGUGCCUUUCAGACUGUAAUUUACAUAAAUCAGUGGAUAGUAGUCCAGUCGGCAACCACCGCACCACUGUGUAGCAAUCGACUUAGAACUAUUUUCUGUGAUAAUAGUAAUAGCUGAAACUGAAAAUAAUAAUAAUAAUAAUAACCAGUCUUGCUACCACGCUGAAGUACUCGUCUCUACUUGGAAGCGCAGGAAGAAAUUUUAGUCAUUGUUUCGUAAACUUCGGUGCCUACGGUAGAAAUAUAGCCAGGGCUGCUUUCACUAAUGGCAUUCAAUGUGAGACGGAUUUUGCCAUUUUAGCUAAUUCACUAUUUGACCGAACGAGCAAUCGGUAUGCGAAGCUGAAAACGCUCCUCAGUAUUUGCUAAGGCUGAUCGGUAGGACGCAAUCCAGCCAACAACUUUCACAAGCUUUUUCUACGAGCCGUUUAAGUGAUGCGAACCGACAACUGCAUACUUCGACUUACACUGCGUGCAUAUCAAAUAUGCCACAUGCAUAUCGGGGCAAACUACUUAUAAGAGUAAAUAAAAAUUAUUAACAAAACCACUUUUAUUGUCAGUUGUGUCACAAAAUACCCCGUCAAUUAUGGAACACUUGCACGGGUUACAUACAGUCUGUUGAGAGGAUGUUGAUAAAUCAGACGACUCCAGAUAACAUUCUUCCUGAGCGAAGUUUUUGCGGUUCUCGAUACUCCUUCGCGGAGAAAAGUAUUCGGAGUGAUUAGUAAAUUAAACGUCCUAUCCUGUAACAUAUUUUUCGUCAGCAUUUCCGACGUCAGUAAGGGUAAAUAGCUUGUCAAAAUUUCAAUCGCGACCGGUUUCAUACAGUUUGAUGAGAAAAGUGUAUCAAUCUGUUAGCCUGUUUUUAGCUAAAUAUCUAAACCAGCUGCCCAAUAUCCGUCGUGUGACAUGAGUAUAUUAUUUAUGAACAGAAGGCGGUCGCGUUCUCAUUAACAAACUUACUAACACGAUUUACAGGACUAUUCAUAAUGUGCUUUUUCCCUAAUUUGUUCGACCGACGUACAGAUGCCUGCUGUCUUCGUUAUACCAAGUCACACAAGCCUGGUAAAAGAUACCGUUGAAAUACUUGGCGUCAGUCUUGUUUGCCAUCCUACUGUUUUAUCGUGAAAACAUCGAGACAUUUUUUCGGAAUCCCCUAAGGAAUAAGGCGACUACGAACCAGCUCCCGUUGCAUUGUUUUUUUGGAGUUGGGGUGGGUUGCACUUGGCCAUAUUCGUUGUCUUUAUGACGGAACGUCUCGGGACUAUGGCCUUACAAUAACAUUAUUAAUUCAUGGUUUUUCGUUCAUAUGUCAGACGUACACUUAAGUUCCCUGAAAAAUUACCGGUUUUGCGUUCGCAAUUCAUACCUGAAAAUAUUCCUAGAUCUAAAAUACCUCAAUCUGUAGCCAAAAGGAAGUUUACAGUUGAGCAAUUUAGGGAUUCUUGUCUGACAUGUCUGAUAUGAUUGUCAUGAGACUAGCAAGAACACCCCACCUCUUCAUCUUAACCGUUCUAGCACACUUGCAUGUGGCCAUUAGUCAAAGGGUGCGGUACCCACAGCUUGACCCACUUAUUCAAAUUUACGCAAAAUUUGUACUUAUAUCUGGCAUUCUUUAUUUAGCGCGGGUGCCCGAGCCAGUGCUAUCUUCGGGGCUACUGAAAAGAUGAAGUUUACGGAACACUGGCGGUGUGCGACAGUACUGCGUCAUCACACCGGAGGUACUUCUUUUCCCUGCUAUUCUUUUCGCAUUGGUUAUGAUGCUACUAUUUUCCAGUCUCUCCAGUAUCGUUUAGUGCACAUUAAACAUGACUCAGGGUAGUGGAAUAAGUCAUAUAAAACUCCCAGGUCACUUGCGAUAUGAUGUUUAGACUAUUCCGGGCAGACCACCAUUGCUCGUAACAUUCAGCCCGGUAUUACAUCAUGCGUUUGGCGAGAAAAUCUAUAAUCUUAGUGCAAUCUUCCAGGCCGAAAAUUCGGCCGUCCAUCUUCAAAAGCUGGUGAGUCCUGUGUACAGCUCGCAUGUCUCAUCAUUCUCGUUACUUAUAUUGACAAUGCCGAAUUCGUUACUUGAAACAGUAGACCAUAAAUGUACUUCUAAUGCCGAAAGUACCUUCGUGUCCUAUAAAACACCUCGGAAUCUUACUUGAACUAUUGUCUGUUACUAGAUAGCCUACUUUUGUAAAUUUCAAUCUCCUUUUAUGCCAUCUGAACAUCUUAACUUCACACCCUGGAAACUUAUGUUUCUGGGUGUUCAUGGACACCUUAAUACCACGCACGUCUUACUUGGUUGCAUUAUCCUGAUUACCUAUGUGGAAUUUUAAAGUCUUGUGUCGAUGUGACCCUGACCGCCCCAGACUAUAGAUGAGAAGAGGUGCAGGAGUUCGGUUCCGCUGAUGGCGGACUUAUGCCUCAGUCGCCGCGCCGCAAGACGUAUGGACAUUUUAUUCCUAUCUGACUCCUGUCUUGUGUUUCAGACAUAAUCGACAUAGCCUGGGCCCAGGAUGGCCUCCGUUUGGCCUCCUGCAGUGUAGACAACACAGUCGUAAUCUGGGGCCCAUCUCAGGGCACUCCCAGUACGGCCUCAGCAUCGCCCUUCCAGUGCAUCGCCACGCUUCGUGGCCACGGCGGACCAGUCAAGGGUGUCGCCUGGGAUCCCGCUGGCCGGUACUUGGCCACCCAAGCUGAGGGCCUGGGUGUCCGCGUCUGGCGUGUAUCCGAUUGGCAGGAGGAGUCGAAGAUCAGCAAGCCGUUUGUCAAGGUAACAACUUACGCUCUGCAUUGUCAAAGCACAUCGUUUUGAUGUGCUGUGAAAUAAGGACACGAGGAUUGUCAAUUAUUGCCCAUUUAUGCUGAAUUAGGAGCUAAGGGUAUAUACUUCAGCUAGCACUUUCGAACCAAUGAUUUUUUAAUUCUUCUAGGAGCUUGUCGUUUAUUGA